AAUUUUUUUUCUUCCAAAUUAGCAUCCACUUCCAGACACUCACCCUCCUUUCACGGCUUCACUCGUCACGACAAUUCUAGGGUUUUGGGAAAAAAAAAGAGUCAAAUUACAGUUUGCUGUUGAGAGUGUAAAAAAAAAAAAGAAGAGAGAAUAAAUGGAUGUGGAUAGAAUAGAAGUUGUAAAAGCACAAUUGCAACCGUAUUUGCUUCAAGCCGAAGAAUACGCUCGUCGGGCCGAAGAUUUUGUUCGACAGAUCCCACCAACUCAGAUCUAUAUUGCUUUGGCAGCUGUUUUGAUUUCCACCUUUUUCAUCUUGUUAUUACGUGUUCUCAAGCGUACAGUUUCCAACACCAUUGUGCUCAGCGGGCUUAGUGGUGGUGGGAAAACUGUUCUUUUUUACAAGCUACGUGAUGGAUCUUCCCACCAAGGUACUGUCACCUCAAUGGAACCCAAUGAGGGGCUUUUUGUAUUGAACUCAGAGACUUCCAAGAAAGGCAAGAUUAAGGCAGUUCACCUUGUUGAUGUUCCUGGUCACUCCCGUCUGCGCCCUAAACUGGAUGAAUACUUGCCUAGAGCAGCUGGCAUAGUAUUUGUUGUGGAUGCGGUUGAAUUUUUGCCUAACUGUCGUGCUGCUUCAGAGUAUCUGUAUGACAUUUUGACGAAAGCUAAUGUUGUGAAGAGGAAAAUUCCACUUCUUAUCCUUUGCAACAAGGUGGAUAAGGUUACUGCACAUACAAAAGAGUUUAUUAGAAAACAGCUUGAGAAGGAAAUAGAUAAACUCCGGACAUCAAGAACAGCUGUAUCAGAUGCGGAUAUAUCUAGUGAGUUCACACUUGGAGUACCUGGAGAAGCAUUCUCUUUUUCUCAGUGCAUAAACAAAGUGACUGUUGCCGAGGUUUCUGCAUUAACUGGAGAGAUACUACCGUUAGAGCAGUUCAUCAGGGAACGUGUGAAGCCUUGAUGUCUAGUCUGUGUAAUGCGCACUCUUAUAAAGCUGUGCUUUCUUCUUUGUGGGAAGUUCACCAAUUGAAGUCGCGGGAUAUAGUACUGGAAUUUGGAUUUGGAGAGAUUGUUUUUUCCUUUUUUUAUUUCUAACUAGCAGCAGAUGUUAUGUAGGAAAACAUGUUAAUAUUCGAAACCAGUUUGAACUAUUGCAUGCUCCUACUUUACAUAUCUUGACUUGGGGAGUGCUUUUUUACUUCUUAGAAGUGAUGCCAAAAAAAAUUAUUGUGAAUUGAAGUUGCUUCUCAGUUUCUAGUAUAUGAUAUCUUGAAUUUCUGUUA